UCUGUCAAAGUUUAACGUUUAACUAAAUCUAAACAAAUUGAAAAAAACACAAAACUUAAAAAUUAAAUAUAAAAAUAUACUAAUAUUAUAAGUGCAUUUAGAUAUAAGGUCGUUUUUUUGAGAAAAUAGGUUAAUUAAUAAAGUACAAAAUAUAUUGAUUAGUAAUACGGAAUGACCAAAAAACGUAGGCUCUCGGGAUCGUCUCCCAUCAAAAUUGAAGUAAAAGAGGAAAAUGUUGGAAAUGAUUACCUUAUGGCUAAAGGAAGACUUAAAGGAGUGCUAAAACAGCUCACCGAACAAUCGUCAGAUGAUGAAAGUGGUUCUUCGGAUGACAAUAAAAGAAUCCACAGAGAAAGCAGAAAGCGAAAAGUUGAAAAUAUGCCUACUCCAUACCAUCAUACAUAUGUAAUGAAAUUAUUUGAUAGAAGUGUUGAUUUGGCCCGAUUUGAAGAAGAUACUCCACUUUAUCCGAUUUGUCGUGCUUGGAUGCAGAAUCAACCAAGAAAUCCACAACCCAUCAUUAAACGAAGAUUAUCUUCUCCAGAACCCGUGAAUAAUUCAUGGAUUGACAAUGCCUCUGAAGUACAUAGAUUACCAGCAGCCAUCACCCCGUUUGUUAGCAGAGUUCCUUCUCCUUUGCCUGAGCAGAAGCAGAAUAAAAAUAACUUGAAUUUAGAUUAUGAAGAAUGUCCUCCACCCAGCAGACAAUCAUUAAUGCAAAUGCAUAUGAAAAGAUGGUCGAAAGUUAAGAAAAAAUGGAUUCAGACAGCUGUAAAUAACGAAGCCAGGUAUGAGCAGAGUACACACAUUCUUACUGCUAUUUAUAAUAGGUGAUGGUUUUUUGUCAUUUAAUCCAGAUUAUGUACUUUAGGGUAGUAGUUGAAUAAGAGGGUAGGAUCUUUACGGCUAUGAAAUUUAUAUCAAUGAAUUCUGCUUCAUUUACUGAUGAUUGUGCAAUGGACUUUUAUUGGGGGCAAAUGAAAUAUUUUAGGUAAUUUCCAUUUAAAAUAUCUUAUUUUUAAAAGCCACCGCCAGUAGAUACCAUGAAACAACAAGAAAUGACAGUAAUGACAACCGUUUCAUAUGCUCAUUCUAACCAGUGUUGCCAUAGUUAUAUAAAAUGUUUUCUUAUGAAAAAAAAUUGACAGAUUAUGAAUUAAAUAUUUUAUUCUUAACAAAAAAAUUACUAGUUUACUCGUAGAUUUGGUUGGGUUAGGUUAUUAGAUUAAAACAUUUUAUUCUUACCUACUUUUAACAAAAAACAAUUUGGUUUGUUGGCAGUUUUAGGUUAGAUAUGGUUAGGUCAUGGUUCGGUGGCAGUGGGAAUGUCAAGUGGUAGAUAUAAACACCAUAGUCGAUUAGAAAGAGAUGCAUACCCUAUUUACAGUCAUUUUUUUUCGGCACUGGGGAAAAAGUUUUAGAUUGCAGCGCGCAGUCUAGUUAUAUUUUAAAAGUUAAAAUUGACAACAGUGUCGAAUGUAGAUACAACUUUACUUUACGCGCAUGUCCGCCAUAUUAUUUUGGUAUCUUGAAAAUUUUAAACAAUAAGUAUUAUGUAUUUUUUCAUAAUUUAAUAGUAAAAAUCAGUGAUAAUUAUUAUGUUUUAAUUAAAUUUUUUUAUUAAGUCUUAAUAUACUUUUGUUGGCUUUUCACGUAAAUUUGUUUUUGGUUACUAUUACUUUUUUCUAUUUUUCCUUUCUAUAUUGCAUUUCUUGAUUUUUGGGCACUUUUAAUUUACUAGUUUCCCCCAAAGAAAACAAUAAAAUUUGAGUAUUUCUUUACUUUCUAUUUCUUUUCAUCAAAGUCCACAAAAAGUAGGCAUUUUUGGGACGUAUCCUCUUAUUCAAUAAUUACCUACUUUUGUUCUAGAGAUAGCACUGUUUUUUUAAUCUCUAUUAGAAUAAUUAUGUACUGAAAAUUAAGUUUUUACUUUUGUCGCUCUUGGUUUUUUCCUUUUUUUGAUCCUGUAUUUUAUUGUAAGGUGUUAAAAAUGUAAUAGACAUUAAAUUAAUUAACGUGAUAAUAGGAGCGACACCCAGUGAAUAUUGAGCUAUAUUUUUUCUUUUUUUCGAACUUUAUAUUACAUAUUAUGUAUGAAUAUAAUUUUAGCUUGAUUGAUAAAA